AAAGUCCAAAUUACGAAACCAAUUAAAAGAAAACAGGUCAAAAUUUUUCUCUCAUUUUCCUCCUUUCAGAUCGGGAAGACUUUUCUCCUAAUCUCAGCAUUCUAAAGAAAUGGCUUUGGGUGGAGGUGGACCACAAAGAGGGACUGCUGCAGCAGCUGCUGCUAACCUGCGUCGAAGGAAGGCCGCUGGUGGUGGUGGAGCUGCAGGAGGAGCAGGUGGUAACAUGCUCCAAUUCUACACUGAUGAUUCCCCCGGACUCAAGAUAUCCCCCAACGUUGUGCUUGUGAUGAGUAUUGGCUUCAUAGCUUUUGUUGCCAUCCUUCAUGUCAUGGGUAAGCUUUACUUUGUUCGCAGAGAGGCCUAGAGAAAUUCACAUAUCUCCUAGGAAAUUCAGACAUCUCAUUGCUGAGUUGGGGAAUUUUGUUGGGCAACAGCUUUGUUCGUUGAAGGAAAACUGACAUUGUAGCUUUAUUUUCUUUUUGUUUGUCUAUGCUAUGAAGUUUAUAAAAACGUUUUCUAGUUAUGAGUAACUCUUUCUUGCCUCUGUUCUAUUGUCCGAUGAAUAGGACCGCGCCAAUUCUUGUUUCUUAAACCUUUAAUGGAAUCAUGUUGCAAGUA